UCACUCCCUCAGUUCCAUCCGAAGAGUUCAUUGCUUAGGUGACAUCUGCCAAGAGCUUCAUGCAGUGGUCUAGACGGUAGAAGAGUCAAAUAUGAUUCUCCUCACUGUGCUUUUCCUCUGCAUCAUUUCCACUUAUUCAGCUUCCGUUAAAGGUCACACCACCGGCCUGUCCCUCAAUAAUGACCGGCUCUACAAGCUCAAGUAUUCCACCGAGGUGUACGUCGACCAGGUCAAAGGCCAACUCCACGAGAGCGUGGGCUACCGCAUCUCUUCCGACGUGGACGUGAACCUGCUCUGGAGGAACCCGGACGGCGACGAUAACCAGCUGAUCAAAAUCACCAUGAAGAAUGUGAACGUGGAACACGCCAACGAACACAAGGGAGGACAGAACAUCUUCAAAGGGAAAAACUCCCAGAAAAUCUUCGGCAGAGACAACCUGGCCUCUCUGGAGAAACCAGUGCUUCUCCAUCUGAUGCAUGGGAAGGUGAUGGACUACUAUUCCUACCCCAAUGAGCCGGUGGCUAUGGAGAACCUCAAGAGAGGUGUGGCCAGUCUCUUUCAAAUGCAGCUGACUUCCGGCAGUGCAAAUGAGGUGGACAUCUCUGGGAAUUGCGAAGUGGUCUACCAAGCCCAGCAAAAUAAAGUCACCAAAAUCAAGGCUCUGAACACCUGCAAAAUCCCCAGGUCUGGAUUUACUACCCAUAAUCAGGUUCUAGGUAUCAGCUCCAAGUCCACGUCGACUACUACCUACUUGAUCGAAGACAGCUUCGUUACUGCCGUGAUGGCAGAGGAAAUCUACGCUUUUGGCUUGAAUUACCUAAGGACUCUCACCGGGAAGAUCGUGUCCAAGCAGAGGCUGGAGCUGAAAAGCACGGAGGUUGGGCCCGGGCUCAUCCCCGGAAAGCAGGUGGCAGCUGUGGUGAAGAAGGUCGAUGCCCAGUACAGCAGCAGCCCUCUCGUGGGGCAGCUCGCCCACACCGACUGCAAGAACUGCCCUUCGCUGCCUGAGUUCUGGAAGACGGUCCGAAAGCAGAUGCAGCCCGAGAAUCUCUCCAAGGCGGAGGCAGCCAGGGCUUUCUUGACCUUCAUCUUGCGCCUCAGGGAUGCUAAGAAAGAUGAGAUUCUUCAGAUUCUGAAGAGUGAAAAUAAAGACGUCCUGCCGCAGCUGGUGGACGCCGUGACCUCCGCUCAGACGCCGGACUCUCUGGAGGCCAUCCUGGACUUUUUGGACUUCCAAAGCGACAGUAACGUUCUUCUCCAGGAGAGGUUCCUCUACGCCUGCGGCUUUGCUACUCACCCCAACGAAGACCUCCUCAAAACCUUAAUCGCCAAGUUCCAGAGUCCGAUCAAAAGCAACGACAUCAGAGAGACGGUGGUGAUCAUCAUGGGUGCCCUCGUCCGGAAACUGUGCCAGAAAGAAGGCUGCAAACUUCCCGCGGUGGUGGAGGCCAAGAAGCUGAUCCUGGCAGGCUUGGAGAAGCCGGAAUCCAAGAAGGAUGUGAAGAUGUACCUCCUGGCCCUGAAGAACGCCUUGCUGCCUGAGGGAAUCCCGCUGCUGCUGAAAUACGCCGAGUCUGGGGAGGGACCCGACAGCAACCUGGCUAUCACCACGCUGCAGAGAUACGACGUCUCUUUCAUCACCAACGAGGUGAAGAAGACGAUGAAUCGGAUUUACCACCAGAACCGAAAGGUCCACGAGAAGACCGUGCGGACCUCGGCGGCUUCCGUCAUCCUGCACAAUAAGCCCUCCUACAUGGACGUCAAAAACCUCCUCCUUUCUAUCGGAGAGCUCCCCAAGGAGAUGAACAAGUACAUGCUCUCCACCAUCCGAGACAUUCUGCAUUUCGAAAUGCCUGCCAGCAAAAUGGUCCGCCGAGUCCUUAAGGACAUGAUGACCCAUAACUACGGCCGUUUCUCCGGGAGCGGCUCGUCGUCCGCCUUCACCGGCUACGUGGCACGCGACCCCCACGCCGCAUCAAUUUACAGCCUGGACAUCCUCUAUUCCGGCUCCGGAAUUCUCAGGAGAAGCAACCUCAACCUCUUCCAGUUCAUCGGGAAGUCCCGUCUGCAUGCCAGCCAGGUGGUGAUCGAGGCGCAGGGCCUGGAAGGGCUCAUCGCAGCCACUCCCGACGAAGGGGAGGAAAACCUGGACUCCUUUGCUGGCAUGUCGGCCAUCUUGUUUGAUGUCCAGCUCCACCCCGUGACUUUCUUCAGCGGGUACAGCGACCUGAUGUCCAAAAUGCUGUCUGCAUCUGGAGAUCCCAUCAGCGUUGUGAAAGGGCUCAUUCUGCUGACAGACUACUCACAGGUGUUGCAGCUGCAGUCGGGCCUGAAGUCCAAUGUGGAGUUCCAGGGAGGACUGGCCAUCGACAUUUCUGGAACCAUGGAGUUCAGCCUGUGGUACCGGGAAUCCAAGACACGCGUGAAAAGUCGGGUGGCCAUGGUGGUGGCCGGGGACAUCACGGUGGAUUCCUCCUUCGUUAAGGCCGGCCUGGAGACCAGCGUGGAGAGCGAGACCGGCCUGGAGUUCAUCUCCACUGUCCAGUUCUCCCAGUACCCGUUCCUGGUGUGCAUGCAGAUGGACAAGGACCAGGCCCCGAUCCGGCGGCAAGUGACUAGUUACGAGCGAUUAGCCACGGGAAGAGGCUUCGUGAGCCGGAAGAGAAAGGAGAAGCUGUGGGCCGGCUCGGAAUUCCCGCUCCACCAGGAGAACUCGGACAUGUGCAAGGCGGUGUUCGGUACCCAGCCCGAGAGCACCUCCAGCAGCUGGUUCUGAGCCCGGCCCAGGAGGACGGCCACCACCGGGAGGAAGACGAGGACGAGGAGAAGAAGAAGCCCCCUGGUCUGGGGCUCUUGGAGAGCAGAGUGUUUACAUAUUAACGGGUAUUUAAGAUUUUUUUUUUUGUAAAAAGCCAUAGAGAAAAUGGCAACAUUUGGUGGCAUCCCCCCCAUAGCAGCCAGGGGUUUCCCCCCACACCCCAUUUCUUCUUUUUCUAAGGGCGCAAACUCCAGGAUCCAGGAUGGGUGACCCCGCAAUAAGGAUCGAUGCCUGGAAAUACUCUCGGGGGGUUGGGCUAUCCGGGUGAAACCCGCCACCCAUUUUCAGGAAAAUUCAAGGCGAUAGAAACCUCGGCGCUGAAUUAGCGAGCCCCCGAGGAUCCAGAAAUCGGGUCUGAUUUCCACCUGGUGUCGUCUUUCCCACCAGCUACUACAGUACCUGCCACGCAGUAAGCGCUUAAUAAACACAGUUCCUUCCACUUCGGGGUUACCCUCUCCAUCGCUCCAAUUUGCCUAAGCGGGUCGGUGGUUUUUACAAGACUUUUUUUUCCACUGGCCUAAUUAAUAUUUAUCUCUUUCUUUCGGGGUGGAAUCGACGAGGCCAAUUUAGAACUUGAAACCUUAUCGCUAGCUCGUUAUUUCUAGAAGGAGCUUCUCUACUCCUCUUUCCCGCUCCUCUGUAGGACAGUGGCUUGAAGUGCAGGUGUUAAACAAUCAGUUUUGAGAGUCGCCCGUCUGAUUUGACUUGUGCCGGGUUCGGGUUUGGAGGGAACCUAGCCUUCUUGUUGGGUAAUUAUUUCGCGCUGACUUAUGUGGUGGUCACAAAAGUGUCGUUUUGCUCUUACAAGUCUGUGAAACAGCCAAAAGGAUGUAGAUUAAUUCAUAUAUACGGGUUACCGGGAUGAACACCAAACCCCGCCCUCCCCCUGCCGCCCUCCCCGCAAUAGAAACAGGACGUAACGUUUUUGAAAAUGAAAUUAAGCCAAGCACAUCUUCCUAUGCAAAAAUAAAAACCAGCUGUCAUCUUUCAA